CAAAAAAAUGAUCCUCCUGCUCUGCAAACAGGAAAUGAUGACAUGAUUUCCACCCAGAGGAGACGGAGGAGACGAAAGAGGAGGCUCAGAGCUUCAGGCUGCAGACGUAGCGUUGGAUGGUGGAGCAGUGAGACGCAGUGGACGGCAGCUGAUGGAGCAGAGCUACGGGGAGGUGAACCAGCUCGGCGGGGUGUUCGUUAACGGCCGGCCGCUGCCGAACCCGGUGCGGCUGCGGAUCGUGGAACUGGCGCAGCUCGGGAUGCGGCCCUGCGACAUCAGCCGCCAGCUGCGGGUCUCCCACGGCUGCGUGUCCAAGAUCCUGGCCCGCUACAACGAGACCGGCUCCAUCCUGCCCGGAGCCAUCGGCGGCAGCAAGCCCCGGGUCACCACCCCGGCCGUGGUCAAGAGCAUCCGGGACUACAAGCAGGGGGACCCGGGGAUCUUCGCCUGGGAGAUCCGGGACCGGCUGCUGACGGACGGGGUCUGCGAUAAGUACAACGUGCCGUCGGUCAGCUCCAUCAGCCGCAUCCUCAGGAAUAAGAUCGGGACUCUGUCGCAGCCGGGUCAGCCCGACAACGACAAACCUGCUCCGGCUCCGAUCCAGUACGGACACGUCUACCCGUACUCCCCCUACACCGGGCCCCACACCGGGACCAGGACCGGGAGCGGGCCCGCUGGGCACGUGGGCCUGCCGCGGAACUGGCACAACUUCCUGGGCAUCAGGGCUUUCAUGGACCCGGCAGCUCUGCCUGGAUCUAAUGGACACUCGGCCAAAGCGGAGGACUGGACCAGUAUGACCAGUCGACCGUUUCCCUCUGGAAUAAACACAGCAGAGAAAAUCAACAACGAUCCAGACUUCAAAUACCCACAGCAGUCUGGUUACGUCUCAGCUUGUGCCUAUUCUGCACCAAACCAGUACUGUACGUACGGAGGCCCGGCGGCCAGCUACACUGCACACCACUGGCAGCCACAGUCCUCCAGUCUGACCCCGAGUCUAGCUCCAAGUAUGGCCCCGAGUCUGGCCCCGAGUCUGGCCCCGAGUCUGGCCCCGAGUCUGGCUCCUCCUGGCUCUGCAGCACCACUGGAGUCUUCAGAUUUUCACAUCACGACAUCGUUCAAACUUUCACAGAGAGAAGAAACUGGAGACAACCUGAGAUGGCGCCGCGAUGAAGGAAGAUUAGCUGAAAACGUUUAGCCGAUGAGGACACGAAACCUCACAGAUUAUCCUCAGCCUCGUGACGACACGGAGGAAACUCAGAAGACGUUUGUCAUUUAUUUCCUUUAAGGAGGAUUUAAAAUAACUAAAGUCUGUUUUCACCUUGGAACUCCUUCUGUUUCCAUAUUUUUGCCCUGAAAAGAAAAAAGUUUAAACUGCUUUGGGAGUUGCAUCAUCUUGUAAAAUACAUUGGCAGAGCUGUGAGUAUAUUUUUCUAUGAAUGUGCUUAAUAAAGAUUUAAUAAUGCAACAGAA